AUGGCGGCCCCGUGCCGCCGCCACUGGGUCGUGUUCGGAUUCAGCAUCGAGGAGGCGGCGGGGGAACCGGGCCUGGGCCCGGAGCCGCGGCGGCUGGAGCCGGGCCCCGGGGGGAUCCGCCGCGUUUGGCCCGCCUGGAGCUACGUGGUCGUGGAGACCGGCGCGGGGCUGGAGGUGCGGGGCGCGGGGCUGCGGCGACCGCUGCCGGGAUGGACCGAGGCGCUGUCCUCCGAGACCCAUCUGGUGCUGCGGGGCCCGGCGGCGGCCCGGGCCUGGCCGCGGGCGGCGGCUCUGCGGGGGGUGACGGAGCCACCGGCCUGGAGCCGGGACCUGCCGCCGGAGACCCAGGCACCAGGAUCUGCUCCCUCGCCGCUGCCGCUGCUGCCCGGAGGCUUCGCCGCGCCGCGGCCGCCGUUCUUCACCCCGCUGCCCGGGGCGGUGCAGGCCCGGCAACUCGUCCUGGGCCACGAACACGUCCUGAUGCUGGGAGAAGCCGGGGAGGUCUACGCCUGGGGGGGCGGCAGGCAUGGGCAGCUUGGCCAUGGCACCCUGGAGUCGGAGCAGCAGCCACGACUGGUGGAGGCGUUGGGUGGUGUGCCCAUGACAGCAGUGGCAGCUGGGGGGUGGCAUUCGGCCAGCAUCAGUGAGGCAGGAGAUCUCUACAUGUGGGGCUGGAACGAGUCUGGCCAGCUGGCACUGCCCUGCAAAGCACUGGCGGAAGAGCAGGCACAGGCCAAGGACACAGGUGCAGGUGAGGGUGCUGCUGCUGCUGCUGGGGAGCAGCCGGGGGCCGAGGCUGCCUUCAUCUCCAUCCAGGCCUUCCCGGCCCUGCUGGAUCUGCCCCAGCAGCUGGAGGUCAGCAGGGUCAGCUGUGGGUCCCGGCACACAGCUGCUGUCACACGAGGGGGUGAGCUCUACACCUGGGGCUGGGGCAAAUACGGGCAGCUGGGACAUGGGGACAAGGCCAGCUCUGACCAGCCACGCCCUGUCAAGUACCUGGCAGCUGAGGGGCUGCGGGUGGAGGAGGUCGUGUGCGGGCCCUGGACAACCUACGUCUGUGUGCUGGAGCCAUGAGGAGGA